CUCGAUCUCGAAAAAAUCUGAUCACACUACGGUUGUCAGAAACUAACCUAAAAACAAGGGUUGAAAUAUAACUAAUAGAUAAGGCUAAAAUUUAGCAAAAGUGGCUUUUAAUUAAAUGGCCCUAAACCCUUUUCCCAAUUUAAUUAAUUACCUCUUUUCAUGCAGCUAACUUCGUUUUACAUUUUUCCUAGGCGAUUUACACGUAGUCUGUAGCGUACAAGCAACGUUGCUGUGUAUUUUGAUGAAAUACUCCACAGCUAUAUAAUGCAUGAGGCGGUGCACUGCAUAUUAAUAUCUCCCAGCUGCUAUUUUCUCUUUGAAGAAUUAUUUUGGCUUCUAUCAGAUCGCAUCUCAAAUCUCAAAUAUUAUAUCAAAUAUAUAUCGUGUUGUUGUUUUGCGAUAUUCAUUUUAACUUUUCAUCGUGAUCAGAGUUCAUAUGUUGUCUCUUAAAAAAAUCUUGAGGACGACCAAGCUCAGAUCCUCCCUCGAAAAGCAAGGUGGAAAUGGAAAAGACAAUAGUAAUUCGAGUAGCUCAACUGUUAAAACAGUGAUCAACGAAGAAUACAAAGAAGCGUUUAGGACAAAGUCUUACACAGAAAUUAGUGACAAGAUUCAAAGGCAACUCGAAACAAGAAUUAUUGUUGAGAGUUCUUCACCUCCACCGGAGUAUUUGGUGGAACCCCGUCACGAGAUCACCUCCAAACACCACCAUUUCCUCACCGAUUACUUCGACACCAGCCUAGAAGCAGGCAGAAUCUGCGAAUCCAUCCUCCAAAAAAUCCACCAAAUCCGCAUCGAUUAUGAAGCCAUACGGAGCGUGAUCGAGCGAGACAAUCAGCACACUCGCCUCUUCAAAAGCCUCGCAUCCUUCGCCCUCCACGGCAACCCCUUCGCCGCCAUGACUCCGCAGAAAUUCCACGACCUGCACCAGAACCACCAACACUUCCUCCAUCAGCUCACAUCAAAACGUGCCAAAACAAAGAGGCAGAAGAAGUUCACAAGGUUCAUCAAGAGGGCAAUGGCGAGCCUAGGGUGCGGCGCAUUAGCCCUGGCAUUGCUGCUCCUGGCAGUGCACGGCAUGGCGGGCGUGGUGGCGGCGCCCGUGCUAGUGGUGUCCUCCGCAGUCCUCUUCGCCAAUCGAGAGAAGCAAGAGUCGAAGAGACAAGAGCAGGGGGGGAUGGAGGCGCAGCUGGACGCCGCGCGAGGGGUGUAUAUACUGAUCAAUGAUUUCGACACGAUGAGCCGGCUGGUGCAGAGGCUGCACGACGAGAUGGAGCACAGGAAGUUGGCGGCGGGGGUGUGCGUUAGGAAAGGGAAAAAGGAGGCGUUGAAGGAGCUGGUUAGGCAAUUCCAGAUGCAUCACUUUGAUUUUCUCCAACAGUUGGAGGAGCUCGAGAAACAGAUUUGUUUGUGCGUUCUCGACAUUAAUCGAUCCAGGAGGCUGCUUAUACAACAAUUGGAUAGCUGAUGUCUAUAUAUAUAUAUAUAUACAGAAACCUACAGGUGUAGUCUGUGUAGCUGCCAUGUUUGAUUCAAUCAUUGUUUUGUAUAGUAGUACACAUAUAUAUAGUGGUCUUCUAAUUGUAGCUGUAUCUUCAAUUUUUGUAAGAACGUGAGAAUAAUGCAUUUUUCUAUAAAUUUA